AACGUGGCGCCCACUAUCAGAAUGCCGCUCACUCGCCCCACCAGCACCAACAGCCUAUCGGACGAGGAGGAGGGGGAAACGCCCCCACACCCCAACAUGUCCUCGUGCGUUCCCUCUCUCACCCACACGCCACCUCACCCCACCAUGUCCAGAAUAGACAGCAGUGAGCCGUUCGACGGGGAUGAGAUGGUGGGAGAGGACGUCCGUCGUGCAGCUGUCGUGACUCUAUGGACAGCAGUGAGCCAUUCGACGGGGACGAGAUGGGGAGCAGACGACUUGCCAACACCGCAGCGAGUGCUGCUCGACAGACGAGGCUCCAUUGGCUUUGGCCCCCCAAUGGAGCUGGGCAGCAUGCUGGAGGCCAUGGUGGCGAUGCGCAGGCUGCGCUUCUUUGAGGAGUUGAACGAGGAGCGCGGGCAGGCGGGCAUGUGUGGCAGUCUGCCGUGUCUGAGUGCCGUGGGAACAGUGGACGCUCCCAGUGACCCGUCUUCCGACUCGUGGGACGUGGCAUACGGGGGUGCACGAAUGGUAGAAGCUCAAGACGGUCACACGGACUGCAUCCACUACCGCUUCCGACCGCUCCCAGUCGGCUUCGGCCCCUUCACCCUCACAGCGCGCGACGUGUGCCUGCGGCGCUACUGGCAGCGCACAGGCGACGGCUGCUACGUGGUCCUUUACCAAUCCAUGGAGCACCCCCUAUGCCCCCCUGUCAUGGGCUGUGUGCGUGCCAAUCUCACCUACGGAGGGUUUAUCAUCGCCCCAGCGGGGCCGUCCGCGAUCGGACGGUCGCUAGGUUCCCGACCCUCCACCGGGUCUCGACUAGCUGGUUCGGCAAGGGCGGCAGGUUCGGUAGACCCAUGGGCAUGGGCGUACAAGAACCUGGGGAACCGGCCCGGUGGGUCGCCGCCUGGGUCGCCGAUGGGGGGAUUAACUGCUGGAGCGAGGCGGAGGUUCGGAACUUUACAGUGCGGUCGAAGAGCUAUUUUGAGGGAUAAGAUGAAGCAGAGUGCGGGGCAGCCGGGGAUGGCGCUGGUGGCUGUGGAUUGGCUGAAGCGCGUUGAGAGGAUUGAUCAUGUGGUGGAGCUCAAGCGCACCCCCGUGCAUGGAAUGCGCGAGCUGAUGGCCAGCAGUGACGCCUCGUCGCGGCCAUACUUUUUCAUUGUGAAUAUGCAGGUGCGAGGGGGAAGGUGGGGCAGUUGGGUUGUGGGGCAGUGGAGAGGUGGGGCAGUGAGUGAGUCGGUGGGGGAGUGGGGGCGGUGGGGCAGUGGGCCAGCAGUGCCAGCAGCGCAGCAGUACAGCAUGGUGUUCUAUUCGGCCAUAGAUGAGCGUCAAGGGGGCACUGCUUAUUGCGGCCCACUCACAUGUUCUGCUUUCCUCCUGAAUUCUCAUUCUCUCACGUCCCACCAGGUGCCGGCAGCGCAGCAGUACAGCAUGGUGUUGUACUGGGCCAUGGAGGGGCGCUGUGUGGGGACAUGUGCUCAUUGCUCUGCCUGUCACCCAUUCUCUUACAUCAAUUUCACCCCACCAGGUGCCGGCAGCGCAGCAGUACAGCAUGGUGUUGUACUGGGCCAUGGAGGGGCGCUGUGUGGGGACAUGUGCUCAUUGCUCUGCCUGUCACCCAUUCUCUUACAUCAAUUUCACCCCACCAGGUGCCGGCAGCGCAGCAGUACAGCAUGGUGUUUCUACUGGGCCAUGGAGGAGCCGCCCACAGAUUCAUCCAUGCUAGGGCAGUUCAUCAACGGGGACGACAUCUUCCGCAACUCACGCUUCAAGCUCAUUCCCCGCAUCCACCAGGGCGCAUGGGUGGUGAAGAGGAGUGUGGGGACGACACCUCUCAUCAUUGCUGGUGCUCUCACCGUGCAGUACUUCAAAGGACCCGACUACUUUGAGGUGGAUGUGGAUAUUGGGUCAUCAGCUGUGGCCAAUGGGGUGGUGAGAUUCGUGCUAGGAUACCAGCAGCAGCAGCAGCAGCAGCAGCAGCAGCAGCAGCAGUCGCUUUCCCCGGCGCAGUUUUCGAGGGGGGCUCCUUCGCAGUCCCAACAAUCAGUCAAUGCAGUUAACGCGUUCAACGCGGCGAAUGCGGCGACAGUAGGGGCAAGAAACGUCACUUCAGGCUCCCUCGGGAUGCCUUACGAUCAACCCACCACGUCACGUCCCCCAGCAGCAGCAGCCUUUCCAUUCGAGGCUCGUCAGCGACAGGAAGCGCAGCAGCACACACACAAACAGCAGGAAGCCCAGCAGCACACACACAAACAGCAGGAAGCCCAGCAGCAUACACACAAACAGCAGGGAGGGCAGCAGCACACACACAAACAGCAGGGAGGGCAGCAGCACACACACAAACAGCAGGGGAGGGCAGCAGCACACACACAAACAGCAGGGAGGGCAGCAGCACAAGCGGUUCAAGGAGAGACCGCCACACCUGCAGCAACAGCAGCAGCUUCUUCCUCUCACUCUCUUUCCUCCAGCCAUCCGCGUUUUGAGACGACUCGACACUCGAUCAGUGCAGACACUGCCUCAGCAGCGUCGCCCUUACGCUCGCGUUCUUUCAGCAAUGCUCGCCUCUCCUCCUCCCAUGUCCCUUUUGAGUCAACUCAAAACGCAGAGACUGCUGCUGCAGCAGCGUCGUCCCUCCGCUCGCAUUCUUUCAGCAAUACUCGCCUCCCCUCCCAAGUGACUUCUGAGUCGACUCAAAACGCAGAGACUGCCGCAGCAGCAGCAGCAUCCUUGCGCUCGCGUUCCUUCGGCAACGCACAUCUCUCCUCCUCCCGUAUGAGCACGGGGCAGCCAUUGGUGGAGCAGGAGCAGAUGUGUGUGGGGCAAACAUUGACAGCACAGACGAGUGUGGGCGACCAGAGGGAUCUAGCAAAGGCUAUGGGCGACCAGAGGGAUCUAGCAAAGGCUAUGGGCGACCAGAGGGAUCUAGCAAAGGCUAUGGGCGACCAGAGGGAUCUAGCAAAGGCUAUGGGCGACCAGAGGGAGGUAGCGAGGGCUAUGGGCGACCAGAGGGAGGUAGCGAGGGCUAUGGGCGACCAGAGGGAGCUAGCGAGGGCUAUGGGCGACCAGAGGGAGGUAGCGAGGGCUAUGGGCGACCAGAGGGAGCUAGCGAGGGCUAUGGGCGACCAGAGGGAGGUAGCGAGGGCUAUGGGCGACCAGAGGGAGGUAGCGAGGGCUAUGGGCGACCAGAGGGAGCACCGCUCUCCACCACAUUCCCCCGCUCUUUCUCCACCCCUCAAGGCCGAAUCCCUGCUUUCUCCCCCUCUUUGUCAUCUCUCACUAAUUCUCUCCCAAAUACACUCCAGCCUAUCAACCCUUUCCCGCACAACCCUUCUCUUCCUCUCCCCACCUCCGCUUCUAUCUCUGUUCCCUCUACCUCCUCUGCUGCACCCACCAAUCACCCCCUCCCCUGCCUCUCUCGCUUCGCCACAGUGUCAGCUUCCGACCAAUCAGCAGCCGGCGGUCUGA